UAUCACUGUUCGAGACGCUCUUUCACUAGACCAAAUUCUACUUCUGCUCCUCGUCUGGCUGCCAAGCACGACAAGAAGAGGACUUCAGGGUCUGGACUGCACUUCUCACUCCUUCCCUCUUCCAAACGAGCGAUAGAUGCCACAGUCAGUCCGCUCAGCAGAGUUCUAUCAUGGUGCAGAGAUAGGAUGGAUGUCGCACAGUGAAACCAUCACGUUGCAGCCGGCGCUGCCUAUUGGUCCCCCGUCGUCCCGUCCGAUAGGAACACCAUCCGUUCACCAUCUAUAGUGAUAAUCAGCCUUCGACUCGGAAUGGUUCAGGACCGCCCACACCGUUCAGAAUCCUUGGUUUCCUUGGUGUGAAAUUCCGCCGCGAUUGAACCGCUAUUCAGCCUGCAAUCCACGCGCGAUUCGUCGUAUCUCUUGCAAAGAACGCGCCGCAGGUCGCAAUUCUGGAGCUGCAAUUCACCGUAGAACAACCGGCAGUCGUCGGCCACGUGCAGCCCCAGGAACAGACGUCUACGGAUGAAACGCCGUCGACCAAUAUCUCCGUCCAGCCCCGCCGUUGGCACAGAGACCCAGUCCAUCGGCGUCUCCCGUGUUGUCCCGAUGGUGAUUUUGUGAUGUUCUAUAUAUAUAUAUAUACCCCGGAUGGUUGUACCACUCUUCACGUUUUUCGGCGCUCGUCUUUUCCCUCUCACUUUCCUGUUGCUACUCUUUCCCUUGUCAUGACCAUCGUUCUCACCCCGUACUGGAGCAACGGCGUCCAGAAGCUCAAAUCCGGGCCGCAACCCGCACCCAAGCCCAAGAAAGGCCUGACGCCCCCGACGCUCGAGGAAGGCAUCCAUGCGAUGCGAUGCAUGAAGCAGCUGCGCUCGAAGGACAAGGACAUCGAGAAAUACAUCUACCUCUCCAUGCUCAAGGAGCAGGACCCGCAUAUGUUCUACAGCCUGUGUCUCCAGCAUAUGUCCGAGUUCACGCCCAUCAUCUACACGCCCACCGUUGGACAAGCAUGCCAGGAAUACAGCCAGAACUACCGACGACCAGAGGGUCUCUUUGUUUCCAUCAAGGACAAGGGCAACAUUCUGUCCGUCGUGCAAAACUGGCCAAAGAUGGCUGACGCAAGGAUCAGCGUGGUUACUGAUGGUUCUCGUAUUCUCGGCUUGGGUGACCUCGGGAUCAAUGGGAUGCCGAUUUCCAUUGGUAAAUUGUCCCUUUACAUUGCCGGAGCUGGGUACGUUUACAAGAUUUGUCCGGCCAGAAGUCUAACUGCCAUCUAGAAUCCGUCCACAGUCGACCGUCCCCAUUUGCCUGGACUUGGGGACGAAUACCCAAAAGUACCUUGACGACCCGCUCUACCUCGGACUCCGCCAGAAGCGUGUGCCGACGGAAGAGAUGACCGCAUUUAUGGAUGAGUUCAUGCAGGCCAUGUCCGUGACAUUCCCGAAGCUGCUCGUUCAGUUCGAGGCAAGCUCAGCCUUCUGUCAAGUGGACUCGAUGCUUAGCCUUUUCAGGACUUCUCGACCGACCACGCAUUCCUAUACCUUGUAAGCCCGUUUGUGCGUCACUGGCUCGUCAUUCCUCCCUCACACCUGCGAACAGGAAAGAUACCGAAACCGAUACCCCGUGUAAGUUCCAAGAUUGCCUUUUGCAUCUGGAUCGCCGGCUGAGGGAAAUCCAGCUUCAAUGACGACAUUCAAGGCACCGGUGCCGUUGUUCUCUCCGGCUUCAUCAACGCUGCUAGGCUCGCAUCAGCCGGUGAGACCCCGCCGAGUGGUUCCGGAGUGCAUCCGCCGGUGCUGACUGACGGCCCACAGCAUCGGGCCAGCCUCUCACAUCGCACCGCAUCCUGUUCUUUGGCGCGGGUUCUGCUGGAGUGGGAGUUGCCAUGCAGCUGAUGAGCUUCUUCACCCUUGAAGGCCUGUCGGAGCAGGAGGCGCGAGAGCGAAUCUAUCUCGUCGACUCGCAGGGGCUGAUCUAUACCGGUCGUGGCGCGUUGGCCGAGCACAAAGAAUACUUCGCUCGCCGCGAUUACACCGGUCCCCCCAUCAAGAACUUGCUCGACGUCCUCCAAUACGUCAAGCCAACUGCUCUCAUGGGACUCUCGACCUCUUCGGGCGCGUUCUCGACUGAAGUGAUCCAGACCAUGGCCGCCCUGAACCCCUUGCCCAUCAUCUUCCCCCUCAGUAACCCCGUGAAGCUGUCCGAGUGCACCUUUGAGGACGCUGUCACCCACACAAAUGGCAAGGUCUUGUUCGCCUCCGGCUCGCCGUUCCACGAGCUCCAGUUCCAGGGUCGCACCCUGUACCCGGGUCAAGGAAACAACAUGUACAUCUUCCCCGGUCUCGGACUCGGAUCGAUUCUCGCCCGCUGCUCGUCCGUGACAGAUUCCAUGGUCGAAGCUUCCUCGCUUGGCCUCGCCAACUCGCUGACCCCGCAGGAAGAAGCGAUGGGUCUGCUGUAUCCCCAGAUUGAGCGGAUCCGGGAAAUCAGCGGGGGAAUUGCGGUGCAGGUCAUUCGCGCUGCACAGGAAGCUGGUGUGGACCGAUAUCCCGAGCUUCGCAAGAUGAGCGAUGCAGAGCUGCUCAAAUUUGUUUCUGGCAAGAUGUGGACCCCGCAGAUUUGAGACGUGUGCUAUGAUUUAUGUUUGGAUGCUUUCCUGCUAUGAUAGAUUUGUAGAUGCUUAGAAUCGAAAGAUGGAUACAAUCGGAAUUCCCAAUCUGCUGGAUCGACCCUAAGCAGAGCUGG